UGUGGAUGGGAGCGGGUGGCGGAGGCGGCGGGGAGCGGAGCCCGGAGCGCCGGGGAAAGCAUUGGACACUUUUCCACCAUGCUGAUGGCAUUUUAAACAUAUUUGUCAAUUUUCCCAAAUUUUAACUGAAGACAACCUUGAGAUAUUAUACUUGAGGACUAAAGUGUGACCGCCAAUUAUCAGGCUUUCAGGAUGAAUCUGGAAAAACUCAGCAAGCCUGAACUCCUAACACUAUUCAGUAUUCUUGAAGGAGAGCUUGAAGCAAGGGACCUUGUGAUAGAGGCUUUAAAGGCCCAACACAGAGAUACCUUCAUUGAAGAACGCUAUGGAAAGUACAACAUCAGCGAUCCUUUAAUGGCUCUGCAGAGAGACUUCGAAACACUGAAGGAGAAAAACGAUGGCGAGAAGCAGCCAGUCUGCACCAACCCACUCUCUGUUCUGAAGGUGGUGAUAAAACAGUGCAAGGCCAUGCAGGAGCACAUGCUGUCGCAGCUGGCCGCCGCCGAGAGCAGGCACCGCAAAGUGAUCCUAGACCUCGAGGAAGAAAGGCAGAGGCACGCUCAGGACACAGCAGAAGGAGAUGAUGUCACCUACAUGCUGGAGAAGGAGAGAGAGCGGCUGACCCAGCAGCUGGAGUUUGAGAAGUCCCAAGUGAAGAAGUUCGAGAAGGAGCAGAAGAAGCUGUCCAGUCAGCUGGAGGAGGAGCGCUCCCGCCACAAGCAGCUCUCGUCCGUGCUGGUGCUCGAGUGCAAGAAGGCCACGAGCAAGGCGGCCGAGGAGGGCCAGAGGGCAGGCGAGCUGAGCCGGAAGCUGGAGAAGGAGAAGGGGCGCGUGAGCCAGCUGGAGGAGGAGCUGGCCGCCGAGCGGAGGCGAGGCCUGCAGACCGAGGCACAGGUGGAGAAGCAGCUGUCCGAGUUUGACAUCGAAAGGGAGCAGCUGCGGGCCAAGCUGAACCGGGAGGAGAACCGGACCAGGACUCUGAAAGAAGAGAUGGAAAAUCUGAAGAAGACCAUGAAGGAUCUGGAGGCUUCUCAGCAGCAUGGUAGCCCUGCCGAGCAAUCCAAGAAACCGGUAACCGUGUCGAAGGGCACAGCGACGGAGCCCCCCGUGCUGGUGUCUGUAUUUUGCCAAACGGAAGGUUUCCAGGCAGAACGAACCCCCGGGAGCAACCCGGCCAAGGUGCCGAGCGCUGGGCCGCCUGCCGCCACCAUUCCCUCUUACUCUUAUGCAAAAACCAAUGGCCAUUUUGAGCCAGAGAUUCCAACCGCCAAGGAGGCAGUUCCCGGCAGCAGCGUGGAACACCAAGUGCCUGCACGAGAGAGAGCAGUGGAGAACGGCGGGUGCCCUGUGGGACUGGAGACUCCCGUCCCGACACCUGGUCUCCUGCCAUCCAGUGGGGGCUCACUGUCUCCCAGCAGCACCGCCUCCUCCUCUCUCACAUCCUCUCCUUGCUCCUCCCCGGUGCUAACUAAGCGCCUGUUGGGGUCCUCGGCCAGCAGCCCUGGCUACCAGUCAUCCUACCAAGUAGGGAUCAACCAGCGCUUCCACGCCGCGCGGCACAAAUUUCAGACCCAGGCAGAUCAGGACCAACAGGCCAGCGGCCUGCAGAGCCCGCCCUCCAGGGACCUGUCCCCCACACUCCUGGACAACUCUGCCGCCAAGCAGCUGGCCCGCAACACAGUCACUCAGGUGCUCUCCAGGUUCACUAGCCAGCAGGGGCCGAUCAAGGCCGUCUCCCCCAACAGCUCUCCCUUUGGCACAGACUACCGGAAUCUGGCCAGCGCCGCCACCUCCAGAGGGGACACCAGCCAUUCCCCUACUCCAGGGAAAGUGUCCAGUCCGCUGAGCCCUCUGUCUCCAGGGAUCAAGUCCCCCACCAUCCCCAGAGCUGAGAGAGGACACCCUCCACCCAUCCCACCCAAAAAACCUGGCCUGACACCUUCUCCGUCCACGACCACGCCAUUGACCAAAACCCCUUCCCAGGCCUCCUCCUUGGCCACCGCAGAAGACCUAGCCAGCAGCUGCUCCUCGAACACCGUCGUGGCUAAUGGCAAGGACGUCGAGAUCCUUCUGCCCACCAGCAGCUAGUCCCUGGUGGUAGGCUCCCCAUCCAACAUUCCGCCAGAUUUCGUCCAAGAGCUCAGAGUCCAACCAUUGAGUCAGAUCACGUUAUUUAUUUUGAUAGUAGCUGAAACCAUCUGUAUAAUACAUUUAGUGUGUUUCACCUUUUUAUAUUUUUUUAAGUAGGAACCAAGUCGUUUGGAUUUGUAUGACUCACACCUUCGUACUGACGCUGGAAGGGCACCUCAAAGACGUCUCCAGCUCAGCAGAGUCGCCGUCCUGUUGUGACGGAGAAAGCUAAUUGAGAACCAGGUGGUGCUUUGCUAUUUUGGGACUAGAAUCACUCAACACUCAAUUUGAAUUAUGCAGAAAGUGGUUCGUGCCGAUUUUUAUUCCAGAUGAACGUGUUUAAAAAGUGCCUGAAAUAAGACUGCCACAUGAAUGUGAUUCUGCAGCGAAAACACAAAAAUGGACCAUCUAAUUGCAGAAAAUGAGAUCCUCCGUGAAUCCUGAAUGUUAAAAACCAACACUGCUUUUAAUCCUCUUUUUACUGUUUUUAACAUAAGCUCUGUGUCCAGACAAGGCUGCAUCAGUAGGAUGGGAGUCCUGAAGGUGGAUGUGGACUGUCCACAAUGCUGAGCCUUCCAGAGCCCUUGAGAAACCCUCCCGAGCCGUAAGCAGCUGGGGUGCUGAUUUCCUUGCACUUGUGAAAAAUUAAGUCACUCCCAGUCUCCUGCAUCAAUUCUUGACUAGAAUGAAAUCCCAUCUCCUUUCAAAAAAGGUCUCCAGGCAUCUACUGUUGUGUGAGGAACUUCUGAUUCUGACUGCUACUACUUGAAUAGGAAAUGGCUACUCGUUCUGUAUAAAAGUCUUGCAACAGAAUGAGAUCCUUAUUCUGUAAUCAAAAAGCAAUAACUUAAAAUUCACUCUCUUUGUAAUAUUAUAAGGCAGAAUUAUACAGGUUUUACCAAAUUGUUACACUUCUUUUCCAAGAUGCCAGCACUUGGUGUCUGUAUCUGUGGAACCAAAUUAACUUUUCCCUAAAUGGAAGUAUAUAUAUCUGUAUAGAUACACACCCCUUUACGUGUUUAACAUACACACACUUAAACACAUAAAUAUUAGUGUGAUUAUAUCUUUGGAGUUUGCAAUAUAGCAUAAAGGGCGAGUAGAUGUGCACGUUAAGAUUACCUGUCACAGCAACUAGAUGGGGCUGGGACCCAAAGCAGUUAAAGGAGGAAUCUGGUCCACGGGGACAUGGGGCAAUUCCAGAUGAAGUCAGGUCUUCAGUGUCCCGAAAAGCCAGAGCCAAAUUCCCCCCAGCAUCGCAAAACUCAACUGGCCAGAUGAAUGAGUGAAGCAGGUCACUCAAUCAAGCACUCUAAGACAGCUAGGAGAGGGGAAGCUGUAGCAAAUGGAAGUGCCCGGGCCCCCUGUGAAAGGAAAGGGCCACCCCUGAGCAGCUCCAGCUGCUUACUGCCAUGCGAUAGUGCUAGCUGGACGUUACCAGCUCCUCAAUUGAGUUUUCGGGAAGGCCAGAUGUUUGUAGAAACAUUCUCAUUUUUAAAUAUCAAAACAGCUUCAAAAACAAUUUUAAACUGCUGGUUAAAUACUGGUGCAGCUGGGUUUAGCUCAGAAGCUGCCAAGUUGCAACCUCGUUCGUUCCGGAAACUUCCAUCAUUUCCAUCAUUGUGAGUUUGUGAGGACAGACUCCUCCGCUCUCCAACUUGUAGGCUAGUUCAGCUGACAGAGGCCCUAGAAUAUAAUGAGGAUCCUCGUCUUCCGAACCAGACUUUGCAACCCAGCUCAGACAAGGUGCUUAUAUGACUGUGGCCACAGGGGUAGAGAGGCCUUGAUGUCCUCACAUACGUUCUCCCCAGCCAACGUCUAGCCAGCAGCCCUAGCCUGCUAUAAUUUAAAUCUCCUUCCUCGCAAUCCAAUAUGAAUUGAUGGGGGGACAGGCAGGUGAUGGAAAUCAAUGUAUAAAUCACAAUCGGUGUCUCCAGGGCUUACGGUUUGAUUAAGGCCAAUACAGCAAAAAUUAAAACACUACUCACGGCCCGGGGCAUCUACCAAAUGAUGAAGAAACCGCCCAAAGCGAUCAUGAGUUAAAUUUUAUUCCCACGCAUAGCCAAAUGAAGUGUUGAUGAUAAAAUAGCUGAACUUUGGGAACAGAAGAGGGGGCUCUAGCCCCAGAGUGUUAUUACCUCUCUUGCUUGAAAUGGUAAUCUUAAAAGUUGCAUUGUGCUCUUCCUUUGUUUUGGCAUAGAUAUAUAUAUAGAAAGAGAGAGAUACUAUAAGGAGGUUUAUUUCUUAGGAAGUGCACUGAAUAAUGUAUUUCUUUUACAGUGUAAUACGGGGGUGGGGAAAUGCAAAAGAAACGUGUAUUUUUGCUAGUUGCCUAUCUUCUAAGAUAAAUAAGCACAAUAUUGCAACGGAUCCAAUAAUCCGGUUAGGUAUUCUAGAUUAGUAUUUAAGUUCGCUGUAGAUUGUGUGUGUGCUAAGUAAAAGUUCCAUGGUUCACAAUUGCGGUAUUAAACCAUGUUGUGAAAGCUGUGUUACUAGUCAACGGAUUAUAAUGGAUGUGCGACACAUAACACAAGCACUAACUAAAUCAUCGUGUGUAAAGCCAAAUGUACCAUGCAGAAGUCUUCAUCCAUUUUUAUAGCAGACUCCAUUAAAACAAGUUAAAUCAUUC